AUGCUGUACAUGCUGAUAGAGACACAGAGAGCCUGGCUGGAGAAAUUGCAGAAAGAAGAGCUGAAAAAACUGGAGUCUAGAAUUAGUUCAGAAGACUUGGAGACUGAGCCAUCUGGCACUGGUGUCACUGGGCAACCCCUUACCAAGGAUCCUGUUUCUCCUCUCUGGCAGUCCCAAAUCCAAGAUUCAGAAUGGUUCGAACUGAGUCCACAGGAGAAAUUGGCUUGGGUGAAUGCAUCUAAAGACCCUAGAAUUGAUGUAGGUCAACAGUCACCUCUGGAGAAAAGGAUCGUGAAUCUAGGUGGUGUACACACAACAGCAGCAAGACACUUGGUAAUUCAAAAAUACCACGAGGAGUAUAAAACACUCUGUAGGGAGCAAGCUCUUUCUCUAGAUUACUGGCUUGCCAAAGCAGAGUCUUAUUAUAAUAAACGAACAGUGGAAAUGAUGAAAAAAGAAGAGAUAGGCAAUGAAGUGAAGAUGAAAAUGGAGGAGAAAACAACACAAAGCAUAAAAGGACAAAAACAGUACUAUUGGGUACCUGAGAGAGAGAAGAAACAGAUAGAAAAGCAUGUACAUCGAACUGGUCGGGUCAGAGAAUUUAGGAACAAAACGUGCAGACUACCACGAGUCCCCAGUGAAACAACACUACCAAAAGUUGUGCCAGAAGAGCAUGACGUCCAGAGAGCACAGAGAAGAAAUCAGGUAAAUGAGAGAGAACAGUUGCAAAUUGAAGAUCAUCAUGAGCGCAUGAUUCGAGGGAGAAAACUUACAGAGCAAAGACUCAAGGAUAGAAUCUUGAGAAAAAGCCUGAGCCAGCUGCCUCCACUUGAGAAGCGUGAGAGACUAAAGAAAGAGACAAAAGAGUUUGAAAGGGUUGUUGCAUACCCACUUUUCCAGCCAUGUGGUACAAGUCAGAUUAAAGUGAAUGUUCUUAUGGAAAAGUCUCAGAAUGGAAAGGAAGUGAUCACAGUUAUAAAACCUUAUCAAAGAAGAUUCUUAACUGUGCCACCUUUUUUGAGAAACCAAAUAAGGAAAAUAAAGGAUUAG